AUGCCGCUGGGCCUGAAGCCCACGUGCAGCGUGUGCCGGACCACGUCGUCGUCCAUGUGGAAGAAGGGCGCGCAGGGCGAGAUCCUCUGCAACCACUGCACGGGCCGCGGCGGGGCCGCCGGGGGCGCGGGCGCGGGUGCGGCGGGCGGGGCCGCGGGCCCCUGCCCGCUAACGGCGGCGGCUCGCGCCGGCUCCUUGAUGUGUCCGCGGCAGAGCAAGCAGGAGAUUCACCGGCGCUCGGCGCGCCUGCGGAACACCAAGUACAAGUCGGCCCCGGCGGCCGAGAAGAAGGUGUCCACCAAGGGCAAGGGCCGCAGGCACAUCUUCAAGCUGAAGAACCCCAUCAAAGCUCCUGAAGCAGUUUCCACCAUCAUUACUGCAGAAUCAAUAUUUCACAAGGGAGUAUAUUAUCAGAUUGGAGAUGUUGUUUCUGUGGUUGAUGAACAAGAUGGGAAGACAUACUAUGCUCAGAUAAGGGGCUUUAUCCAGGACCAGUACUGCGAGAAGAGCGCGGCGCUGACGUGGCUCAUCCCCACCAUGGCCAGUCCCAAAGAUCGGUUUGAUCCGGCGUCUUAUAUCAUAGGACCAGAAGAGGAUCUUCCAAGGAAGAUGGAAUAUUUGGAAUUUGUUUGUCAUGCACCUUCAGAAUAUUUCAAGUCUCGAUCCUCACCAUUCCCCACUGUUCCCACUAGACCAGAGAAAGGGUACAUAUGGACUCACGUUGGGCCUACUCCUGCAAUAACCAUUAAGGAAACAGUUGCCAACAACAUGUAAUCUAGGAUGGCUUUUUAAGACUCCAUUUUCCUCUGUCCUCUGUGCACACCAUUACAAGAUGUCCAGCAGUGUACUUACUGAAAUUGGAGGAUAGCUGAAGAAAUAACUUUUUAAAAAACCUUUUAUUAUUACCACAUAGGUAAAUGGUAUCUUCUUAGCUUUUUCUUCACUCAUUUUUAAUCAGUCUUUUUUAAGAAUUACUCUGAAGAGGUACCUGUAUAGACUAGGGUAGAAUAGGAUAGGUGUCUCCUUUGCUGAGCUAGGAUAUCCUGCAGGGGAGGAAGCUUCUGAUGGAGGUGGCCCCUGCCUUUCACAGGAUAGAUUCUUGCCAUCAGUGUGAUGAUGCGGGUGCUGGCUUCUCAUCCCAAAGUAUUACUUAGUUGAUACUUAGCCCUUGGACCCCAGUAAGUUUGAGUUUGACCAAUGUCAUAAAAACAAAUACAAAACUAUAAACGUUUUGUUAUAUUUAAAAUAGUGACCCUGUGCCAUGCCCCGUGAAAUGAACAUAACCAUGUCUCACAGAUUAAACAGGAAAUCCUACGGUGACAUACAUUGAGUGUACAUUACUGAAUUGUAAAUAUGACCUAAAACUAAUAUGGUAGCUAGAAUUAGAGUAGAAGGGCUUUGGGGGAGGAGUCUGGGCAUACCAGAUAUUUCAUAAAAAGCUUUCCAGCAAAGUUUGAGCUGAUGCCUUUCUUUGCUUAUUCCAGGCAACCUUGGAUAUUCCUAAAAGUGGCACAGGAGUGGUUAGGUUGGCUAGUUGUUGAUGGUAGAAACGUUUGUAAAGGGUGACCACAUUCCCUACCUCCUCCGUUUGUUCAAAGCUGCUUCUCAUUACCAGAUCAGACUAAAGGCUAUUAGUGUACCAUAUGACCAAAUCCUAAUCCUUUAAAAAAGGAUCUUAGAAAUCUUUCUCGUUGAUAUGUUAGUUGGGUGAGAGCAAAGGGAGCUCAGCGCCAGCCUACAACAAGGGCCUUUCCUUUGGCUCUGAUUGAAGCCGCCCACUUGUCAGGCAAAAGCUGUGAGUGACAUUUCAUUCCCCUGAUUUUAACAUAUUCAUCUGUCUUUCGUCCCUUUCCUGUACACACUCUGGCUUGUGUCCGGUAGAAUUGGCUGUAGUUGAGUCUUAAAAUUUAUUUUAGCACUCUAUGUCUUCCACAGGAGUGGUUGUGAGUCACUGUAAAUGUCGUUGUAAAUAACUGAGAUACACUAAUGCUUAAAACUUUUGGAUUAAAAUAUAUUUUUCAAGCUA